CAAAUGGGUCGCCGGCAGACCGAGUCCGACCUUGGCCGUUUUGCCCUUGUGGCACUUCUCCUCAUUGGUGCAAUCUCCUGCUGCAUGCUUUACCUUUUCAUCUCUAUGGUCCUGAAACCCAACAGUGCGACAUUUGUUUCGAAUUCAGAGCUGGGUGAGAAUGGCGGUGAGGUUGGUUUGGUGAGUGAAGAAGAUGGUGAGUGCUGUAGUGGGAUCGAGCAUUUGGAGCUUUGGGGUGAUGCAGUGAAAUGGGGUGCUCAGUUUAAGGUCAAUUCUUCAAAGGACUGCUGCAUGGCUUGUAAGGAUAUGUGUGGGGAUCGAAAUGGGGCUUGUUUGUGUGAUUCUUGGGUGUUUUGUGGGGAUAGAGAGGCUUGUGGAGAUAAAUUUGGUGAGUGUUGGUUAAAAAAACAAAAGGAUACCAUGGAUCCUGAUCGGCGAGACUCAGGGGAUCUAGUUAUGUGGACUUCUGGACAUAUAUUUGGAGAAGGAGAGGGUAUUGUUGGCAUGGAAACAGAAUAUGGGAUUCUUCGUAUAAAGCUCUUUGUUGAUUGUGCUCCUCGUUCUGUAUUCUAUAUUCUUGAGCUGUUGCGAGAGCAUUAUUGUGGGGGUUGUCAAUUUCAUCGUGUGGAAAGCCGUGGAAGCUAUUGGGACUCCAUAGGAAAUCACAUCCAAAAUGCUCCCGUUGGCCCCCCUUUUGGAUUAAUACAAGGAACAAUUGAAGCCCACGGGAUUAUAUUUAAGAAGAUUCCAAAAGAGGGUAACCACAACAUCAGAAGGGGAUCGGUAGCCUGGGUUGGUUCUGGUCCAGGUUUCUUUAUCAGCCUAGCCAACCAUUUUGAGUGGAAAAAAGCAUACACCGUGUUUGGUUCUGUUCUUCCUGAAGACAUGGAGAUUGCAGAGAAAAUAGCACAGCUUCCAACCAAGCCAGAGGUUUGGAGUAACAUUGAUGUCUCUGUCUUGGAGAGACCUGUUGCUUUACAGUUCCAAAGAAUCAAAUCAAAUUUAUAACAUUGAAUAACAUUGAUUCAGCAUAGACAAAUGCUAAGGAAGUCCAAGUUUUUGCUAGUUUCACCGCCUUACUAGGUAUAAUUUUCAGUCCAAAGAUACUUUGUUAGCUUAGAAGAACAAAGUGAUCGAGCUGUUAAAUAUCGAAGCUACGUAAGAGUCCAGAACAUAGAUUGUC